GCGAACUUAAACACAGAAAUACGAUAUGCUUUAGGGCUUUCAUGGACAUUUAAAAUAAAUAAAUAGUUUAGCAAACAGGUCAACAUAUUGCUUUUCUGAAUAUACUGUGCUUGGGAAAGGAAAGGAAGAGUUAUAUCCUUUGAAUCUUUUAAAGUUCGCAUUGCUACAUUUAUUCAUUCUAAAUGCCGUGAUCUGCAUUAGUAACGUUACCAAAUAACGUCCUGCUGUUAGAAACAUGAGCUCACCGCUGUCCACCCUGAAGAAGAACAAAAGAGUUCCUCUACCAGACAUGAAGAGUGAAGGGGACAGAAAGCCUUACAAAGACAGGUCAGACAAUGACUAUGAAGCUAAAUUAUUCAGAGAGAUUUUUCCACAAAACCAGCCAGUGCCACACAUCACAGACAAUCUUUCCACUGUAAGAUCAAAGGUCAUGCAAAAAAAGGUGGCAAAAGAAGCUCCGCCGAGUGAUUUUGAACUGAUGUCAAGUAUGAUGCAGAAGAUCGUUCAGCUUGAGAAAAAGGUGAAAACUCAGGCUGUGGAUAUUGAGCAUAAGGCAAGAAGAAUAACAGUUCUGGAAGAGAAACUGAAUCUUUUCCAAGAUGCAAAGGGGAAAUCUACAAGUAAUGAGAACCAAGAUGAAGAACUGGUUAAAUUGUGCCUCAAGCUUCAAAACCAAGUGUUGGAAAUGGAGAAGUUUCUGAAUGAUUAUGGGAUGAUCUGGGUCGGACGUUAUGAAGAACGCGAGCAGGCCAACAGCCAUCUUCCUGGAGCAACUAAUGCACGCAAGAGUUUGAGAAUGAACUAUGACCUGGUCCUGCAGAACAUCCAGGAACUGAACAUCGUAGCAGGGGAAGGGGAGUCCCAUGUGACCGCUGUCCCUGGUGGGGCCAAACUUACCCAGCAGUCCUCCAUACCUCUUUGGCUUUACAAAAAUGGCAUUGUCAUGUUCAGUGGUCCAUUCCGCUCCUAUCAAGACCCACGCACACAGGAAUUCAUGCAGGACUUGAUGGAUGGGUUUUUUCCUUCUGAGCUUCAGGAAAGAUUUCCUAAUGGUGUGCCCUUCCAGGUUAGUGACAAACGUGACGAGGAGUUCAUAGUUAGGCGACCAGGGACUGAGUUUCCUGGAAGAGGGCAAACGAUAGAUGGAGCAGGAAGCCAUUCAAUGCACCUUUCUGAGCAGACUAGCUCCACAGCGCCAAAACAGAGUCAGAUACCAGGCAGAAAGCUGUCCAUGGAGCAGUUCUUGCGGAAGCUCCCAGAGACUGUGGUGAAGGAAGGCAAAGUGAUCAGUAUACGUGACUCAGUCAAGGCUCAUCUACUGGGCUUUCCUGAUGGUGCCAAAAGGCAUUCGGUGACUACUGUGGAAACGUCUGCCCUGCAGGCCUUGAGAGAAUGUGAGACAGACUCUUCACUAUCAGCACCAGAUGUCACCACACUACGACUGAAGGCUGAGGAUGGGAUGGAGACAUUUAUCAUGAGAAUGUUCUUCAGGGAGACCAUUGGAGAUCUCCGUCACUACUUGGACCUGAAAAGAGGACCAGAUGCUGCACUAUAUGACAUCAUUAGUGCAUUUCCACAGCGGUGCUACAGUGAUGACACCCAGACGCUAGCGUCCUGUGGUCUGACUCCAAAUGCAGCGCUGCUCCUGCGUCCACGAGCUUCAUCUCACAGACAGUGUGGAGACACAAAGAACAACAACCAUCCUCUCAUUGUAAAAUACCCAGUGAGCAUCACUGGUGCACUUUCAGAUUGAUUGUAGCAUACAUGUUGCUACAAUCCAGAUGUCUCACUGAUCAUUCAUCAACUGACGGAUUUUGGAUAUUGAUAAAUCAGGUAGGAGAUAGACAGCAAUAAACAGGUUUAAAA